UACUACAUACUACAUCUACAUACUGCAUGUACUGCAUACUUUCUAUCAUCAAAUAAAAACAAUGUCCUCAAGAUGUAUUGCCCACAGUGAUUUCUCUACAUUAUCAACUCCUUUAAGCUACAAGCUGUCUAAAACAGGUCCAUCUACAGACAGGUAUUCAGGAAGAACAACCCAAAUAUGGUCAUACUGUAAAUGUCAUGUCAUGACUCACUCCAGUCCAGGCAGUGUCUGUUGCCACACCCCUUUCCACCUGACAGUAAGUUACGGUAAAGACCAAUUGAAUUUAGCAAUGAGGAAGUGAUACUUUACAUGCAAUAAUUUUCUCUGAACUUGAACUAAAACAAGUCCAGCUAGUCUGUCCGCAUUGAUAAAGGUUUACACCACCAACACUGAGAUCACAAAACAGUUUGUAGUUAGAGAGGUGAGGUUGCAGGAACAGAAUCUAGAAUAUAAUCUCUGUAUUCUAUGGUAGUAAGGUUGCAGGAACAGAAUCUAGAAUAUAAUCUCUGUAUUCUAUGGUAGUAAGGUUGCAGGAACAGAAUAUAGAAUCAAAUGACUUCAAAACCAACAAGCCAAGCUUCACUCUCUAAGGAGGACCUGGUUUGUCCUGUGUGUUGUGAGUUAUUUAGGCUUCCCGUCCUGCUGAAAUGUGGCCAUAACUCCUGUAAGGAGUGUUUGCAGAAGCUGUGGGAAUGGAAGGGAGGCAGGCAAUGCCCCGUGUGUCUGACCACGUCGAGCUCAGAGAGGCCUCCUAUCAACCUGGCCCUGAAGAUAGCAGCCGACAUGUUUACAAAGCAGAGGACGACCAGCGGAGAGGAGAGCCCAGAGGAGGAGUGGUGUCGUCUUCACAACGAGAAGCUGAAACUGUUCUGUCACAACGAUGAGGAGCCCAUUUGUGUCGUCUGUCAGCUUUCUAACCAACACAGAGUACAUGUGUGUUGCCCUGUAGAGGAGGCUGCUCUGGAGAAAAAGAUAGAGGUCUCAGCCAAGCUUCAUUCAUUGCAGAAACACCUGAAAAUACUCAACAAGACUAAAGAGGAUUGGGAAGAAACCAAAAAUUACUUAAAGAGCCAGGCGGACCAGACGGAGCGACAGAUGAAGGAGGAGUUUGAGAGGUUCCACCAGUUCUUGAGGGAGGAAGAGGAGAACAGAGUGGCCAAGUUGAGGGAGGAAGAGGAGAACAAAACUCAGGUGAUGUGUAUGAAGUUGGAGUACAUCAAGGAGAGGAUCGCUGCCCUCACAGACACCAUCAGCCAAGUAGAGAAGUCUAUACGAGCGGAUGAUGUGAAGUUUUUACAGGACUACAAGAAGACAAAGAGCAGGACCAAAGGUCCCCUGGGAGAGCCAGAGUGUAUCAGAGGAAUCCUCAUAGACGCUGCCAAACAUCUGCAAUCACUCAAGUUUGGAAUCUGGAAGAAGAUGGCAGACAUUGUCCAAUGGGUCCCCAUAACCCUGGACCCCAACACAGCCCAGUCCAACCUCAGCUUCUCUAGGGAGUUCAGCAUGGUGAGGUACAGCAAAAAGAGACUCCUGCCAGACAACCCCGAGCGCCUUACUAGCCGCAUCUCUGUCCUGGGAGCGACAGGUUUCACCUCCGGAAGACACAGCUGGACCGUAGAGGUGGGCCAGAGCAGAGACUGGUACAUCGGAGUCGCCCGAGAGUCCAUCAAACGCAAGUCCACCAUCUUCCUCAACCCUGCUGAGGGAUUCUGGGUAAUCGGGUUGUGUAACGGGGAGACGUACUGGGCCCAGACGUCCCCGCGGACGCGCCUGGACGUGAAGAGAGAGAGGAAGCCGUGGAGAAUCACUAUAGAGCUGGACUACGACCGAGGGAAGGUGCUGUUUCUGAACGCAGUAGACUCAACGCUGAUACACAUGUUCAAAGAGAAGUUCACUGAGAGGAUCUUUCCUUAUUUUGCUCCUGGGAUGUAUGAGGAGGAAAACAGCUCUAGUCCCCUGACCAUCUGUCCCCUGACUAUAUCUAUAGAGGUACUGGACCAGAUUAUACUACCAUAACACCAUCUAUCCCCUGACCAUCUGUCCCCUGACCAUCUGUCCCCUGACUACCUGUCCCCUGACCUCCCGUCCCCUGACCAUCUGUCCCCUGACUAUAUCUAUAGAGGUACUGGACCAGAUUAUACUACCAUAACACCAUCUGUCCCCUGACCAUCUGUCCCCUGACUACCUGUCCCCUGACCUCCCGUCCCCUGACCAUCUGUCCCCUGACUAUAUCUAUAGAGGUACUGGACCAGAUUAUACUACCAUAACACCAUCUGUCCCCUGACCAUCUGUCCCCUGACCAUCUGUCCCCUGACUAUAUCUAUAGAGGUACUGGACCAGAUUAUACUACCAUAACACCAUCUGUCCCCUGACCAUCUGUCCCCUGACCUCCCGUCCCCUGACCAUCUGUCCCCUGACUAUAUCUAUAGAGGUACUGGACCAGAUUAUACUACCAUAACACCAUCUGUCCCCUGACCAUCUGUCCCCUGACUACCUGUCCCCUGACCUCCCGUCCCCUGACCAUCUGUCCCCUCACUAUAUCUAUAGAGGUACUGGACCAGAUUAUACUACCAUAACACCAUCUGUCCCCUGACCAUCUGUCCCCUGACCAUCUGUCCCCUGACUACCUGUCCCCUGACUACCUGUCCCCUGACCAUCUGUCCCCUGACUACCUGUCCCCUGACUACCUGUCCCCUGACCAUCUGUCCCCUGACCAUCUGUCCCCUGACCAUCUGUCCCCUGACUACCUGUCCCCUGACCACCUGUCCCCUGACCAUCUGUCCCCUGACCGUCUGUCCCCUCACCGUCUGUCCCCUGACCAUCUGUCCCCUGACCACCUGUCCCCUCACCAUCUGUCCCCUCACCAUCUGUCCCCUCACCAUCUGUCCCCUGACCGUCUGUCCCCUGACCAGCCAUUUGUAAUCACCAUCACUAUUCAGUACUCAAGUGUGCAAAAGAUGAAUAGUCAACCAUAUUAUAAUUAUAGCCAUUGAUAAAGGUCAGAGGUCAGAAAAUGUUUAGUAGCAAACCAACUAGUUGAUCUUGUGUAUUUGUGACCAUGCGUGUUUAUAAUAAAUGUUAUAUACUUAUAGAAGAUACCCUUAUAUGGUGUACUUAUAGAAGAUACCCUUAUAUGGUGUACUUAUAGAAGAUACCCUUAUAUGGUGUACUUAUAGAAGAUACCGACGAACAGGUUGAACUAAUUUAGCAGUAAUCGAUUUAAAUAAAACUAUCUAUUGUAUUUAAAAAGGUCAAUAAUCCUCUUUCUCUUUGGG